AUGAGAUUUAUCACCAGUAAGCAGUCAUAUGAUUAUGUGGAUUACUUACAGAAUUUUGCUAACAGCUACAAUAAGACCUUCCAUAGAACGAUUGGCAUGGCACCAGAUAAAGUCACCACAUCUAAAGAGACCAACCUUUGGUGGAAAAUGUAUUGGCCGAAAAGAUUACAACCUAAGAGAGAGAAAGUACGAAAACCUUUCCGUUUCAAAAUCGGUGAUAAAGUUCGGAUUACAUACAUGAGAAAUCCUUUUACCCGGGAAUACGAUGAGAAAUGGAGCGGAGAGAUAUUUAAAAUAUCUCAAAGAAUAUUACGUGGUGGACUCCCAGUUUAUCGACUUAUUGAUUUUCAAGACGACGAAAUUUCAGGAACCUUCUACCAGUCAGAGGUGCAAAAAGUGGAUGUUCGGGAAGACGAUAUGUGGAAAGUUGAAAAAAUCCUCAAAACGAAAGGCAAAGGACCCAACAAGCAACAUUAUGUGAAAUGGUUACACUGGCCAAAGAAAUUCAAUUCUUGGAUUAAAGCUCGCGAUUUAUCUGAUAUUUGA